AAGAGGAAACAAAUGAUUCGACGAAUUUCUUUGAUCGCGGACCUGGGCUUUAGGACUUAGCGAGUAUUCGAAAGCAGUCGUCGCGGGAUCGUCGGCGGGCUCGCGUCGGGACAAAAUUUCCGCCAGGACAACGACACCUUUGUUGUGUAACGAAGAGCGUAAGAACCUGCACGACCAAUCGGAGUUUAGCCACGGCCAACGAGACCACGCGCAUCGUUUGGCAAAACCGUUGCACUUCGGCGAUUUAGCCGGCUCCGGGCUGACCCUGACCUUGAAGAUCCACGGCGGAGAAUGAGCGUCGCGGCUCUCCUCGAGAGUCCCUCUCGCAAUUCUCUCCCGAGACUCGUUCACGUAGCCGGGGCCGGGUCGACGGUUCCAAGAGGGGACGGCACUGUAGACGGACGUAAAUCCUCGGUCGAUCGGCCCGAUAACGGACGUGCCCUUGGCUGAUAACUUCCAUAUUAUUAGCAAUCGAUCUCGCGGUCUUCGACAACCGUCCAGACAGGUAGGGAAGGCGACGAGGGCCUCACGAUGGAGGGAAACCAUUAUACGCGUGAUCUGGACUCGGAGAGAGGCGAAUCGCGGAUUUCCUGCUCUUGGAUAUCCGUCAAGUAUUGGCGAAGUUGGCAGAUCUAUAUGGGGCAAUGCGUGUCUCGUAAGGCGGGCGCCGUCAUCGCAGCCUCCGGCCAGCAGGGCUCGCCAUCGUACCGCAUCAUGGAGAAGCCCACCAAGGCUCAGAACGACAACAAGAGUGCGGCGAAGCGGGCUACGCCAUAUACACGGGGCACCGCCAUAUCAUUUGGAUUCCGGCGUAGACCCAAUUCUGGAAUUCCGAUGCCCAUAGCGAGCUACCCAAACGACGCACCAUUAUUACAUCCCCGUUCUAAAUCAGCUGGACCAGAGCAAGAUCGACGACGCGAAGAGGACCAUCAAAAAAUUCAAAAUGUAUCGGGUCGAUCGACACCUCGACUCGUGCCACCUAAGAAAGAGGCCAGUGGAAUUGCUGUUAGGAUCAAUCGAUUUGGUUUUAGGCAACCGCAGGCAAGAUAUACUAACAAGGUUGGAGAUAUUUGCAGCAAUCACGAAGCAAGUCAUUACAAUCAGGAGAAGUCGCAUCAGCAACAGCUGGAGAAGAACAAGCCAUCGAACAAGGCUCCCACUUCCAAAUUAAGGCCGUCCCCGGUGAAUCCACCAUAUAACAACAAUAAUCCCUUGAAUAGUGAUGUUAAUCGAAGAAUGUCUGGUAUUCCUGAACCUAUUAGCAAGUAUACUUUGCAUACCAGUCACUUACCGUUACCCCAGUACGCGGUGAGGAUGAACGAUGCAAAUUCAAAGGUUGCAAAGACCGUUGCCAAUCAGAAUAGAAAAGUGUCUACAGCAUCAAAGGGUUCCUCAAGUUCUAAGGAAGGUUCAGGUACCGAGGAUUCUGGAGUAGGAAGUCAGUUGGGUUGUUUGGAAGAGAACGACGUACGAAGAGGCCUCGACUAUUUGGAUAACAGUCCAGCAAAUGGAAGAAGAGGACACAUCAGACCUAGGAACCUGAGGAUGGUUGUAAACGGAAAGAGUUUUGACGUUAGAGACGUGGACGACGACAGCACCGUUACCGAAAUAUCGGUUAUACCUCUUCCAAAGACAUUUGUAACUCCUAACCUAAAUACUGGUCUGGUCAGAGAGAGGACGACCCAGUAUCAGAGAAUCCUCAAUAAAGACAAUAGGUAUAACGAUUCUACGACGUCUAUGUCGACUACUUCGUCCGAAGGCUACGAUGAAGGGCUUGGCGAAGAAAAAGUGUACAAAGAUAGAUCACAUUCCGAGAAGAUUCCUUCUAUUAAGUCAGACUUCAGUCCACCGAGUUCGGAUGACCCUGAGUAUGGUCACGGUGAGGCUAUGGCUGAUGAGUAUUCUCUGAGUUCCAGUGACGAGUGCAGGGUUAAUUCCAACCACCACUUGAAGACCAUUUCGAACGCCGCCAAAAGUGGAUCUUUACCAAAGAGUACUCUGCGCUCAGUUCUUCUCACCAUCGAGGACCCUGCAUUUGCCGCCGUGGCUGCAACUUCCACUACGUUAAUAGACGACGAGACAUCUCCCGUCGACAGUCUGUUUGAUAGUCCCACCGCUAGUAUUACUCAGUCAGAUGGAAAAGCGUCCAGAAAAGAGUGCCCGAUGGAGAGGUCUGGCAACACGAUUGAUGAUGACUCUCCUGGAACCCCAACAAAUGCUUCAAAUUCUCUGAGCUUAUCCGAGGGCAGGGAAUUCUUUGAUGACGAAAUAGCAGAUCAACCUGGAUUAACGUUUGAGGACACAUUGAGGGGCAGUUCGGAGGCCCAAUCCGGAAUGGCGAGUCAAGUGGUUACGGAGAACAGUCAAACAUUGGUGGAAUCGAUACCCAAGACAAACAUCAUACAUGGUAAGAGCGUGGAAAACAGUCCGAUUCAUGCUCGAAGAUUGAGUCGUGCUGGGAGUGUCGAUACUUUGUCACCAUGCGAAUCAAUUGCCUCCGAUGAUCUUAUGCUGGACUAUGAACGCAGUGACACCAGUUCCUAUGAAGACGCUAAUCACCGAUUGGAUUCGAAUCCUGCUUUGCAAGACUUGGAUGAAGCCACCAUUCUUUCGGAGUUGGAAGCUCAGGGUGAGGAAGUUAUGAGAGAGUGGAGUUCACUUUUGGGUGCUCACCAAACACCGGAACGUCCUAAUUCUAAUGCCACCAAUAACAACAAUAUCACCAGUGGUAUUAACAAUAAUCAUGCAGUGAGCGAGUCUGGAAUCAACGGCGGAAGGACGUCGAGGCUGCUGCGAAGCAGAUCGGGAAUGGAAUCGCCCCGUACUCUUGACAGCGUGCGAACCCGUCAAGUGUCAAGCCCUCUCAGGCCUCCGAGAAACAUCCAGUCACCGAGUUUGGAUUCUGGCGAUGAAGGAAGCGUCAGGGUGGAACGUGGGACGUACCAGCACAUGUUCCAGGACAUCGUCUCCAUUAAGACGAUGUUGCUGAAACUGAAACGGGUUCUUCAGGAGUCAGGAGAGAACGGUUUGACGAGGGCAGAAACUCUCAACCCAUUCGAAAACUCGAUAAAGAAUGGUCUCUUCUACAACCUGAAUGAAUGCGAUACAACGGAUGCUAGCACAUCACCGGGGGGAGGAAACAUCACCGUUGCUGACGAAUUGGCCGAUUUGCGGAGACAGGUCGUUUUUCUUCAAGGCCAGUUGGAGGAUAAAGAUCGCACGAUACAAUUGCUUCAGUUGCAAAUGACGAAAUAUCAGGGAAUCAAUUGUACAGACGCCCAGAGCGGUGCUUCCUCGAUGCAGAGCUCUUCCAUCAAGGAUACGUGUAACGCGACGACGCAAACCGAAAAGAUGAGACCGGUAUCGGCAGGGCCUUCGCUUCUGCAGUCACUCCCGCAAGAUGGCGGCAUGGGGCCUCUCGUUAGUUGGAGUGACUCGUGGAGCCGACAACGUCCCCCCUCGCUCGUGGAGUUCGACUCUGGCAAGGGUCAUUGUAAGCCGCCGUCCCCACCCGCGCCGAGGCCUCGCCAGGACGAGACGACGUCGCCGAGCAAACGGCAGAACGGAUUCUCGGAGAGGACUCCCCCGGAGAGGCCAUCGGCAGCGAAGGGGUCGCCGAAGUCGAGGGACCCGACGACGACGGCUUGCAAGCCCGCGACCCCGGGCGAGGUCCCGAAGGAAUACUCCAUCAAGGUGGAGGUCGCGUCGAAGUCAUGCAUUCCGACCCCACGAAAGCUCACCACCCCGACGCUCAUCCCACGAGCAGCGAGGGCCGUUUCCGCCACAGGCCGAUCGCACAACCCGUAGCCUCCCUAGAGUCGUUUCGUUUCGCUUUACCUGAUGUAUUAGACGUUCAUUGCGGUGCAGGUUGAUCCAAGGAUCGAGUACUCGCGUCCUAAGGAGACCGUCCUACGUUCCUUCGGAGGAUAGAAGGGAUUUCGUUUGGAUAGAAGGGAUAGACAGAGACGAACGAGCGGUCCUCUUUAUAGGCUAUUCGUUUCCACCCUGUAUACCCGAAUGCGCGCUUCGAUCGGUUAGCAGAUUGUUUUGUAUAUAUUAUUUGUAUUCAACUGGUCGAGAUAUCCGUGGACGAUUUUUCGAUUAAUUGAGCGCUGCAUUUUUUUCACCCCCUCUUUUACUUACAACGAGCGACGCGAAUCGACGCGCUGGAUCAACCUGUACGCGGAGAUUCCGCGUGGGAUUUCUCGAUUAGCGACGCGAAUCGAUUGACCGAUCGUUUGUACAUAUACUUGGUUGUAGCUCCGGGAUUAACUUUGCGCCUCAUUUUUGGACUUUCAUUUAACGAGCUAGUAUCAACGGCACCUUCCGGGGUGGGCGUUUUGCGCCGAUUUACCUGAUUUAUUGAAAGAAACGGCAUUUCCGCUCUGGGCGAUGGAACGAUCGAUGGGUCGGUUAUAACUUAAGGAAACGGCCACGUUUUUAUUAGCAUCUUCUCAUGUGCCGGGUCGAUCCGAUUGCGGACAUUCCGCGCGAGAUUGCCCGAGUGACGACUCGAUCGGUUCACAGAUUAUUUGUACUUAUUUUAUCGGAAUAGAUCCAGUUGUUCUCUUUUUUAUCACUAUUUAUUAAGCGAAUCACUAACGGACUUAAGUUCUCUUACUCGCCGUAUGAUACACUCCAUUCUCCUUUGUACCGAUUUAUAAAUUGACACAACAUUCGGAAACCUGUACAGGAUCAUUUGAAUUGAUUUUUCAAGAGAUUUUACGAAACUGUUCGCGCAUUGUCAUCCGUUGGAACUCUUUUUACGGGCCGCCGGAUUUAUCGGAUUAACGAAUAAUCUGUACAUAAUUAACUGGUAGACGUCCGUGAUUAAGUAUGCCUUUCUAUUGAACUUUUAUUCAAUCGAGAGGAUUUUGGCCGAUCCCGAACAUUUUCACCCUGAUCGUAUUUCGUCGAACGUUUCGUUUCGCGUCAUCGUUGUGAUCUCAAAUUGUGCAUAGAAUACUUUGAAAGGAGGUUUAUAUCGAACGAGUCGAAUGACUGCGUCUUGUUUACGGAAAUUUCUAAGGUUUUAUACUAUCUGGUAUGAAGCCUUCCAUUCAUUGAUUUGUAUAAUAGAGAAGUCCUAAUUUAUGGCACCUCGCGAGGAUUGUAUAGUAAAGUACACUGGGAGAUAUCAAUGCCCUUCCAUCCUGCAUAGGCGAUGCCGUAUCUGAAGGGGAGGCAUUCAUGUCCAUCAUUGUACAGUUGGCAUAUCUAGAUGCGAAUACGUGCUUCUUGGAAGUGUCAAAACGCUCUUUGACAAUUGCAUUUACGUCUUUUGGUGCAACUUUACAUAAAUCGAGCGCACAGAAUUCGUUGUACUUUGACUCUCAACGAUAUUCUCAUGAAUUUGCGUUGCCGCAGGCUGUACAUUUUUUAAUUCAGGGUACUAAUCACUGGCACGCGUUUCUCUUAAUUCUGUAAUUUAUUCCGCUACGUUAAGAUCGCAUUGCUCUCGGUGCUAGUUGCGUUUCUCGUGGUCGAAAGUUACGUGGAUCCUCCGGAAAGGUGGAUAAAAAACAAAAGUAUGUUUAACGAUAAAUCACAGCGCUUCUCGACAAAUCGGUGGAAUCUUCGGCAGUUAAUGAACAAGGGAGGAGUUUUGUACGAAGAUGAAGAAUAUGGAGUGGGCGAUCGAACACGCUGAUAGUAAUUCCUAGGUCGUUCAUUAUGAAGUACAAUUUUUUUCACGUCAUUUCACGCGACCAUCCGGACGAAACGCGCUGCCGUCGCGGUAGGGCCAUUUUCAUAAUUACCGAAGAUCUUGAGAAAUAUAUUUAAAGAACCGUAAGCACUAACUCGCGUAAUAGAUGCAUUACAGCACCUUAAAAAGAUUUAUUCCUACAUUUAUCGUUGCUCUACCACUCUUCCUUCGGUAAAGUUAAAUGUCUUAUUGUUCAUACGCAGCGAGUGAAUUCCAUGCAGAUCAAAACCUUUGUCGGGUGAAAGUUUUUAUAACGAUAGAGGAUUCUUUUUUUUGGGAAUACUUAAUGCCGCACGGUAGUAUCGUAAUAAUACCUGCCUACUAUUUGCAUUGUCGUUUUGUAUACGCGAACAGGUGUAUUAAACAGUCGACGAGAAUUGUCCGUUUUAGAAUUUUAAUUCGAAAAAUAACGAAGAGACUUUUGUUUGUUCAUCGUUUGUUAUAUCGCUCUUUACAUACAAUCCGUUCCCAGCUCCUGAUAACUUUUGAACUUAAAUUGAUAAAAGAAAUUUAAUUCGUCGAAGCUUUUGUCGACGUCUCCGUUGCUAGUUUUUCACUCGCGGGGAACAUACUUUGAGUAUCGCGACGGCAUGGCAUUUUAUUAUUAGCGAGAAACUGACUUUCUCCUACGUAAUGGUGUCCGAUAUUAUUAUUGAAAUACAAACAAACUGUCCUAUUUAAUCCCAUCACAAAUGUAAUGCUAAUAGAAAUGCUGUUCGGCGUUUAGAGACGAAACUGGAGCAAAACGUUGAAUAAAGUAAUUCUACUGUAACCGAAAAGUACGAGUACAUGUAUCGCCACUGCAGGUCAUUUUACUUUGAUUUGUAUAUUUUGUACAUAAAUUCAUUAUCUCCACAGAUCAUGGAAAGACGUCCUCAAUAAAAUCAAUUUUGUUUGAUUAAA